GGCUCUUAGUUUGAUCUUCACGUUUGGCAACGAGAAUGGAAACACAUCAGACGAUUCGUACAGCUGGCUUCUCGACAGAAUGCCGACUUUGCCUUAUUUUGAUGCUGUAUUGGGUUCCUUAACAUUUGCACUACGUAAGGUACAUGUCACUGAUUUAGCUGAGCGGUGUCUCACAUCACAAUACAUAAUGUCCGACCCAAACUCAAAGUCAUCGAACAUUUUCUCAGACUGUUCUCUGACCGAUAUUUUAAGGCUUGAUGACCAUUACUGGGGUUUGAAGGUGAUAGAGCAAAACAGAAUAUUAGUAUGUAUAGUAUAACGUUUUUCUUUCAGGCGUGCUCAGAAGAGUUAAAUUUUGAAAGAUUACAAACGUACAUCAUAUUCCUAUCUAAAUACAGCACGGCCGAGUUCGCCAAGGACGUGUCAGUGGUAAGUUUUGUAUUACUUUCUUUGUGCUUAGGUACUUGUUGUUAAACCCUGCAAGGCCGGAUUUUGGUGGAAAUAGUGGGGGAGGUGGAAAAAUAUUUAGCGGAGGUGCAGUGGUCUAGCUCACGACCCCCAUGGAAAGUUAGGGCUUAGAACAGGCCAAAUUCAACGACGUGACGUAUAUGCAUGUAGUGUACAUACAGUAUGUAUCAGUGUAUUAAUGAAUUAUGACUGUACAACUCAUCCAAUUUUGUCCUUCAUUACAGUUACUACAAAGUUUUGCAUUGCAUUAAAGGGUACUUGACACAGGGAUGUAUUGACCCUAAGCAACCAAAAAGUGUCAAAUUUUCACUUUGAUCUGUCAUCUCUCAGGAGAGGUGCAAAACGAUCUCAGCGGAGAUGCGCACCUCCCCUCAAAGUUCGGCCAUGAAACCCUGCAUUCAUGCAGCAGAUAUUUCAAUAUCUUUUUCAGGAUUUAGCUCAACUUGUGUUGGAACGUUCAACCGUGUUAAAGAACAUCCUUCAGAAUGACACAGCCAAGGGAAGGCAGACCCAUCAGGCUUUACUCAAGGCCUUUACUUCUGUAGUGGCUAGAGCUCUGGAAACCAGUUCUAGUGAGCUUGCUUGGGUGAGUAGAGACGUUGUGAUAUAUUUUAAAAUACUGUGUAGUCUCAAGUUGAAUCCCUUGCUUUUAUCAUUAACAACUGUCAGUGGUUUGUGUUCUUCCAUCAACUAUAUCUGAGAGUUGGUAACCAGGAAUGGAAAAAGUAUCGACCACGGGACCAUUGGUCCCAGAAAAUUUUUUGAGUUCCCAGAAAAUAUUUCCCAAAGAAAGAGAAAUAUAAUUGUAAAAGUUUAGAUAAACGGAGAAAUUCAGAGGAAAAUUCACACCAAGAGCUCAGAAAUGCAAUUUUAAGUGCAUCCAUCUUAAUAGUGCGAGAGUGUAUAAAUAUAUAGACUAUAGAAUGAUGUAACAAAUGUUGUAUGGUAAAUGCAUUUUUCGCCGAUCUCGGACAACUGAUUUUCAAAAUUUUCUGGGAGAGCACGGAUCCUCCCUGAUAGUAUUCCCCAGUAGUGCCCUAGCUUUUUUGGCAUCUGUAUUUACCUUAGGAUCAACCCUUUAUUCAUGUUAUCUAAAUUAGUUUUAUGUUAUAUUUUAAGAUUCUCAGUGAAAUAUUUUUUCUUGUGAAAUAUAGCGUGACAUCCAGUUUGACAACUGUUAGUGUCACACAGUUACAGUGUCCAAGUGAUGAUUUACUUGAUUAUUUACAGAAAAUUUUCAAUGUUUUCUUGUGCUCCCAGAAAGUCAAAUAUUUUUCCACCCCUGUGACUGAGCUUCUUGCAGUGUGCAGUUGUCUGACUAUAAUCUAUCCUCAGUCCCAUGUGAGAAGAGUUCAUCCAGUUUGACCUUACUAAUUCCGAGGUCAGACCACUAGCCAACAACUACAUUAUGCCACUAAGGGGAACAGCUUAGAACUGAUAAAGACAAUUAUUCCAAAACCGUAAAGUAUUCGAUCUGCUUUUACAAGGAUGAUGUGCAGGAGUCUCUGUAUGUGCGAUGGUCAAAGAACACGACACAUGCUGGAAAGGCGACAACUAUGGGAAUUUACAUCAUUCAUGCGACCAUGGUAUUGCUGACCUUUGGGCCACCACAUGGUAAGGCACUCUAUAUCCAAUGUCUCAUUGUCUCGCGAGUAUUAAUCAUGCCCAGAUUCGGUCACCAUGUGAAACACCACGUGAAACACCACGUGAAACACCACGUGAAACACCACGUAAACACCACGUGAAACACCACAUGAAACACCACGUGAAACACCACGUGAAACACCAUGUACACACGCGAAAAUCUCACAUCUUGCAGGAAGUCUGUCAACAAGCCGUCAACAAGUUGUGUUCGCACUGCUUGUCCCAAGUUGUCAACAAGUCUGGAUCAAGCUGUUAACAACUUGUAACAACCUUGUUAAUAUUAUCAGGCUUGUUGCAAGGUUGUUCCAACAAGUCCGAUACAGUCAUGGUAUAACAAUAUUGUUACAACCUGGUGUUGUCAAUCUUGUAACAUUCUUGUUCAUCAUGACUGUAUCAGACUUGUUAGAACAACCUUGUAACAAGUCCGAUAAUGCCAUCAAGCUUGUUACAGCUUGUUCCAAAUUUGUUACAGCGACUGGGAACAAGCAAUGCGAAGACAACUUGUUGACAGCUUGUGAACAGAUUUGUAACAAAUUGUUUGCAGACCUGUGACAACUUGUGCGUUUUUACGUGUGUAAAACAUUCAAGUGAAACCAACCUAUUGCUUUAAUGUUUAUAGAAGGCAGUAAAUUUUUUGAUCAGCUGCUAGACACGUGGUGUCCAGGUGAAGGGAACGUGAAAGCAUUCCUUCCCAACACGGGAGAAGAAGUUGUUCUGAUACCAGAUUGGCUGAGAUUGAAAAUGAUUUGUUCCAAUGUACAACGGUUAGAGGAUAUAGGUAAGGAGUGGCAUGAAUGAAUUGGCACAACGUGACAAUUCCUGCAGUAUGUAGUGACUAUGGUGUAUGCCACAGCCAUAAAUUCACCCUUUGUUGAGGUCCUUAAACUUUGCUACAGUAUUUCGAUACUCCCUUGUAGCUUUCUCCAACAUCGAACCGGCCGAGUUGAUCGCCUUUGCUCAAUCGUUUGGAAUUCCUGUCAGAAGUACAAGGUACUGAACACAUAUAAUUUAAGC